CCACCCUUCCUACCACUAAUUAUUUAUUAUUGUGCUUUUCUCUUUUGCCUUCAAUCUCUGUGUCUCUCUCUCUCCCUCUCUCCUGCAGGCCCCCCUCCUCCACCACUACUCCACCCCUUUCACUACUGCUUCUCCUUAAUUUGCAGAGCUGCUGCUUCAUCUUCUUCCAUCCCUCUACUCCUUUGAAGAUCUUCCAUCUUCACCACACACACGCACACACACACAUAUAUAUAUAGAGAGAGAGAGAGAGAGAGGGAGAGUAUAGUUUUUAAUUUCCUUGAAAGCACAGUUCCAGGAAGAGCCAGCUGCUCUUGGAACAGCUUCCUCGCAAGAGAUCAGAAAAGUGAAAUCAAUGGCUUCAUCGAGCUCAUACAACUCGCCAUGCGCAGCCUGCAAAUUCCUGAGAAGAAAAUGCAUGCGUGGCUGCGUUUUCGCGCCGUACUUUCCGCCGGAAGAGCCCGAGAAAUUCGCGAAUAUCCACAAGAUCUUCGGCGCCAGCAACGUCAGCAAGCUGCUCAACGAUCUGCACCCUUGCCAAAGAGAAGACGCCGUGAACUCCCUCGCCUACGAAGCCCAAGCCAGAGUCAGAGAUCCCGUCUACGGCUGCGUCGGCGCCAUCUCCUUCCUCCAGGCGCAGGUCGAGUGGCUGCAGAAAGAGCUCGACGCCGCCAACGCCGAUCUGAUCCGCUUCGCCUGCUCCAACGACCUUCAGCCGCCGGCUCCGGCGAACAAUUCACUUCCAGGUGAGUUGGCUAGAAGAUCAGUGGGUAAUUACUUGGGAUCAGGAGUUUUCUGUCAAACACCUUCUUCUACUUCUUCUUCUUCUUCAAUAUUCCCAUCUCCUUAUGCUAUUCCAUGGAAUUUUGACCAUUACCCAUCUGGAGAUCUGGCUGGACGAGGACGAGGACGAGGAAACAUUUGAUUUUGACCUGGAAACACUUUUGGUUGACGGCAUAUUUAGGGUUUGUUGAAUGAUCUGUAAGCUGGAGGGACGUGAUGAAGUAAACCAGCUACUCAAGACCCUCCUACCUCUCUAUCCCUAGGGUAUGGAAGUGUAUCUGUACAAUAAUAUAUACAAUACAUAUUAAAGUUUCUAGCUAUCUAGCUAGCUAGCUGCUUCCUUCCCUCACAUGGAGUACUCCCAUCUAGCCAGACCAGUGUCUAUAUAUUAAUUACUUGGAACAUUCAUUAUUUGCUCUGGCUGA